AUGGCCGCUGCUCUAAGAGAGGCAAUUGAUGAAUACUAUCAAUACUUUGGGGCUGGUGACUCUGUGACUCUCUAUGCCGCCGACGAUCGCUUCCCGUUAGGUUUCCUUGGCUCUUUCGAGAAAAAGCUUGCUGAGGAAUCAUGGUCUCUGACCUUAGAUCCAGAAUUCGAAGUAUGUUUUUUACUUGUUUACCCUGAAGACAAGAAACCUGACGGAUAUGAUGAUAUCCCAGAUACCGAUGCAAAGAAGCCUGAGGACUGGGAUGAUGAAGAAGAUGGUGAGUGGACUGCCCCAACUAUUCCCAACCCUGAGUACAUGGGUGAAUGGAAGCCCAAGCAAAUCAAGAACCCCAACUACAAGGGUAAGUGGGAGGCUCCAGAGAUUGACAACCUGGUUCGUACGGCCGACUUCAAGGAUAACCCCGAGCUGUAUGUAUUCCCCAAGCUGAAGUAUGUCGGAAUCGAACUGUGGCAGGUGAAAUCAGGAUCAUUAUUCGACAAUGUCUUGAUCUGUGAUGACCCAGACUAUGCCAAGAAGUUGGCAGAUGAAACAUGGGGCAAGCUCAAGGAUGCACGUGCGGAGAAAGCAGCUUUCGAUGAGAUUGAGAAGAAGAAAGAAGAAGAGGAAUCCAAGGACGCUCCUGCGGAAACUGAUGUUCUGAACUAA